CCCUUACCCGCCUCUCGAGAAACGAGGGUUACUUGCUGUAACCCGAGUUCCCCGAAGGUGUGUAGACACACCAGAUGAACACACCCGCCCUCCUCCCCUUUCUCAAGGGUGGUUCUUCUUUCUUUUUGUGCUCUCUUCGGCAGGGCUCCGUCGGGAAACUGGAGGGGAGAAAGGCCGCCCUCCCUAGGACCAUGGGAGGGGCGGAACCUGAACUCUUUCUGGUCAGGCUGCCUGCUAUCAGUGAGCAGCGACCAGAGUGAUCAUCUGGCGUGUCUACAUACCCUCGGCGAACUCAGGUUACGAUCCAUAACAUGGUGGCAGUGCUGGAGGUUAUCUCCAGCUUGGAGAAAUAUCCCAUUACCAAAGAGGCGCUGGAGGAGACGAGAUUAGGUAAGCUCAUCAACGAUGUCCGCAAAAAGACGAAGAACGAGGAGCUUGCCAAACGUGCCAAGAAGUUGUUGCGGAAUUGGCAGAAGCUGAUCGAACCCGUCGCCCAGAAUGAAGCGGUGCCUCGAGGAUUGCCCAACCCAGCCGGGUCGGCCAACGGCGGCGCUCACAACUGUCGGCAAGAGGGGUCGCCGGCUACGGUCGCCGGCCCCAAACCGGCCAACGAGUUCAAGAACAGGAAUGACAUCCAGAAGCUGAACUCUCCGAAAGCCGAGAAAGCGGGGAAUCGGAAGAGGAAAGGUGACCACAGAGAUGGGCACCAGGGCCCACCUUCCAAAGUGUCCAAAGCCAGUCACGAACCGUUGCAAAACUCCUCUCCGCUCCCGACCAACGGAAUCGGGGGCAGCCCCGAAAGCUUUCCCAGUCCUCCGGAGGCGGGCACGCUCCCGGGGCCCGAAGGCAGCUGGACCGACCUGGGCGAGAACGAUAAACACAGCAAAAUCCCAGUCAACGCCGUGAGACCUCACACGAGUUCCCCCGGGCCCGGAAAACCUUCAAGCACUUGCUCCCAGGGCAAGGCGGCGGGGCUUCAGCCGCUCGACAAGCCCGAAGAGGCCGCCGGGCCGCACCAGCCCAAGAGCCCGCUCUGCUCCUUCAGCCCCCGGAACGCGCGACCCGAGACCUCGGUCCGACAGCACAGUACGUGUGCGCCGAAGGGGUCGGUGCCCAGCCCGUCCCGGAGGCCCCAGGUCCUGGACCCGAGCCGGGCAGUGUCCUCCCCUCCGCCGCCGGUGGCGACCAAAAGACUGGAGGCCGGGCAGCAGCCGGGCCCCGAGGCAUCUCAGCCCUGGCAGGAGCACCUGUCUUCCGAAAGCCACCACCGGCACCCGGCCGGGACCCCGCUCCAGCCCCCGGCCCCGGGCUGUAAGGUGAGCUUACCCCCCGGGGAGCCCCCAAUGCUGCGGAUCGGGUUUUCCCCAGACGCCGCCUCAAAAAUGGACAGCGACGAUGCCGCCUCGGGGUCAGACAGUAAAAAGAAGAAAAGGUACCGGCCCAAAGACUACACGGUGAACUUGGAGGGACAGGUGGUGGAAGGGGGGGUGAAGCCUGUAAGGUUAAAAGAGAGGAAGCUCACGUUCGAUCCCAUGACCGGGCAGAUCAAGCCUCUCACCCACAAAGAGUCCCUGCAGGUGGACAUCCCUGCAGUCGCCGAGCAGCACAGGACAGAACCGGAUCCGCAGGAGCAGAAAUCCAACCUGCCGAGCCCUUUCGAGCAGACGAACUGGAAAGAGCUGUCCCGGAACGAGAUCAUUCAGUCCUAUUUAAACAGACAGAGUAGUUUGCUCUCCUCGUCGGGAGUACAGACCCCCGGGGCUCACUAUUUCAUGAAUGAAUAUUUAAAGCAGGAAGAGAGCACUAGACGGGAAGCUCGGAAAACUCACGUUCUUGUGCCGGACAGUAGAGCUGCAGAUCUGCCCGGGGUCAGUAGAGAGGUCACGGGUGACGACCUCAACAGAAUACAGGAGGGUCACUGGCCGGGUGUGAACGGUUGUUACGAUACACAGGGUAAUUGGUAUGAUUGGACUCAGUGCAUAUCUUUAGAUCCACACGGCGACGAUGGGAAAUUGAACGUCCUACCUUACGUCUGUCUAGACUGAGUGCGGUUUGGCUAAAAUGCUUCACCAUCCGCAGUUAGCAAAAAUGGCAGACCCACCCCCGCCCUGCCCCGCCCCCGCCCCUUGCCACUGAUCAUGGCGAAUACAGGCCUGGUGAGGGUCUGGAGGAGUGUACAGCUCUUCCCUAUACAUUUUCCUUCUUUUGUGAAAUGCUGCUACCAGUUUACUAACAAAAUUGCAAAGGAAGGGCAUACAGAGGACAGCAGAUUGAGUUCAAAACUCUUAUAGCGAGCCAGCUGUAAAAAAAAGUGUUAGUGCCCCGAAGGUCGCAGAUGAUUUCCAGUACUUUUGAGUGACAGAGUCGUAUUUACAGGCAGGUACAUCUAAAAUUGACGUGGAAGAGUGACCAUAACCAAGUAUGCAUCUAUUUAUUUCAAUUGACUUUUUCUCUUUUUUUAAUUUGGCAGUGAGAUGUCUGUGAGACGAAAAUGUGCAAAAACUGUAGUCUUUAUUUGCGUCACAUCUCUGUUGAACAAUUGAGUUAUUUCUAAUCUUGUGGUGCAGCGAUGAUUUUUUUUUUUUUUUUGAAAGAGCAGUUAUUGCACUGCAGGCUGGCUAACCAGUUUUUAGCUCAACAUUCCAUAGGCAUCCACAUAGUCUAGUCUGGUUUCAGUUAAAAUUCAGUCCCUUAAGAAUUCAGUUUUUGCAGCGCAAUUCUUCUCCUUCCCGCCCCCCACCCCCUAACCCCCUACCACCAGCCAAAUCACUGUUGUCCUUUUCCCUUCCUGCAAACUUCUAGAAAACUUCACCUUUCUGAAGUCCAAAAAAGUAACUGCGGGUGCUACUAGUGUGUAACUGUACUGUGAGGGAAGAGGGAAGCCUAUUUGUAUGCUGGAAAUAUACUUGUUACCAUUCCUUUAGAUAUUGUUUGCCUUAUGGAUAUCCAUCAUAAACGCGAUUUGCAAAAUCAAAGAGCCUUAGUGAAUGUACAGUAACUAGACUUCUGUGUUCUUGUGAUGCAGAAGGGAGCAACUUUGCUAUUUGGUCCUUUAAGUGGACACAUUGUGAUAUAAAUGUGGAAAUAAUAAAAAAAAAAAAUUUGCACAAAA